GGCAAGCAAACAUUUGUUCUGAUGUUGACAUGGUUUUCAAAAGGUCAAUGGUUGCUACUCCUAUCAUAGUAAACCUUCCAAAUGGGACAAAGGUGAGAGUGACACAAGUGGGAGAGGUGAAGUUCAAUGAUCAUGUUAUUCUGAAGGAUGUUCACAUAAUUCCUGAAUUUAAAUAUAAUCUUUUGUCUGUUGUCCAAUUGGUGGAGAAUGACAAGCUGAAGUUCAUUUUUACAAGUGAUGGAUGUAAAUUGAUUAAUGGAGAAACAAUUGUUGAGAUAGUAGUGGGAAAAGCAGUUGGAGGCCUGUAUGUAAUAGAAGGGAAUGAUGCCUACAUCAAUGCUGCCAAUGGAUCAUUCGGUGGCCAGUACAUCCUCCUUAAACAAUGGGACCCCAAAUGCCUGGAGUUCUCUGAAGAUGAGGAAGUGGUCAGAAUUUGGACGCAUAUCCAGAACCUUCCUCUCCAUUGGUCCACGACAGAAUUGGGGUUGAAAAUGGGAAGAAAAAUUGGUAAAGUGAUAGAUGUGCAAGCACCAGGGGUGGGUAACAGCAUAGGACAAACCAUCAAAGUGCUAGUGGAAUUAAAUGUGAGGGAACCAAUUCUGCGAGGCACCUUCAUUAAGCUGGGAGCUGAGAACACAUGGAUUGACUUCAGGUAUGAAAACCUUCAAACUUUGUGCUAUUACUGUGGUAGACUUGGUCAUGGUGAUAAGAAUUGUUCUUUCAAACAAAAGGAUAUUAAUAACAAUGUGCUUAAGACUGGUCAGGAUCUAGUUGCUACUGAGAGUGUUUCCAUUGAACUUAUUAGGUUGGAUACACCUCCUUUGAAUUUGGGUAAAAGCCCUUUGAUGCAACCUAAUAAUGCUGAUAAGGACUUAACCCCAAAGGGAAAAGGGGUUGAACCUCAUUAUGAGGUUGAGCCUAGCUCUAAAGGCCUGGUUGAUGUUGAAAUCAAACAGUCACCUUUGCUGACUUUCUCAGGAGCUAGGAGUAAAAAAACCUUUUUCCAGAAAAGCAAGGAGCCAUUUGGUGAAUCCUAUCCAAGAUAUGGUG